AUGUCUUACCUCCCAAAGGUCACUUCGGCCGGUGAUGAGAUAUUCUACUACAGUCCAUUGGACGAGGGUUUCGAGAGAACAGAAAUAAUAACUCACCCAAUUACCUCUUUCACACUGCAAAACUUACGCCCUGAAACCACUUACUUUAUAUGCCUACGUGUUCACCACCGGUUACAAUCUACAAAAUUCGGCUUAACAGCCGCCCCCACGACAUCUACUGUAACGACGACCAACCGCUCUCCCCUAAACUGGCAUGUACGACAGCCCUCAACGCCCGUCUCUCCAGACCAUUACGCCUACGAAGUGCGUUGCACCCAGGCGACCACACAAAACUGGCACCUCUCUGCCCUCAUUGGGGGCAUAUUGGGGGUCGUGUUCGCCCUCGUGCUUGGCUUCUUGCUUCUCUUUGUGCUGAAACGCAACCAAUGUCUGCCGAGCAGUUCCAGCGGUUUCGGCAAGCAAAUGACACAAAGGUCACUACUUCGAAACUCCUACAGCCUAAGAGGGAGCUCUCAUCGACGUGGCCGAAGAUCAAGCACUAAACGUGGGAGCUUUCAUAGCAGUCUUUGGCCAAGUCGUUCUUCCAAUAGUCGUAGCGAAUUUAGCGGCCAUUUAAGAGAGGAAGAUGAAGAAGAAGAUGAUGACGAUGACGAUGUGAUCGCUGAAGACGAUGAAGAAGAUACAGAAAUCGAUACGGGUUGCAAGUCCUCAAUGCGCUCACAAGCUGGAAUAUAUGGAGGUUCUGGUGGCACCACAGGCAGUAGUAAUCGACACAGUUCGAUGAGUAGCUCCAUAGAUGCUCGAGAAGACUCCUCCUCUGUAGCUAUGCCAUAUCUUCCAGUAAACGGCGUGCCAUCUCGAACCGCCACAAGACGCUCUCGUGACAUGAAGCACUCUUCUAUGGGGUACGAAAACAUGAAGAGCAGUUACGGUGUGAAGUUGAACGUAGUAACGCCCACUUCUGAUGCAAGUGGCGCUAAGGAGAGUAUUCGAAAGGUUUCCCUCACGCCUUUAACAAAAUCAAUUGAUGCUGACGGACGAAAGUCAGAACAAGGUACAGUUUCACCGCCAGGGAUACCAAAUCUUCCCGAUCCUCUGCGGAGUUCUUCAAUAGCUACCCUUCGGUCGCCGCUUGUUAUCUCCCCUUCGCCUCUGACGAAGUCUGCCCAAUCAUUCGGACUGGAAGGAAACAGCAGAGGUGAAUGUCGAAGUCCAGUACCUUUACCUGGGGCGCAGCUUGUCGAUCUGCAGACCCCAAUGCUGAUGGGUUUGGGGUGUAAGGAUGACUACGCGUGGAUUGAAUCACCAAGAAUAGAAGCCGCUUCACAACUCCUUCCAGAACUUCCCUAUAUUUUGUACGACGAUGAGGGCGAAAGUGCUGCCAACUAUGACCCCAAUUAUGAGUCGUCAUUGAGUCUCACCGAUGCCACUACUGGUAGCUCGAGUGAAAGUGUUGUUAGCAGCAAUUAUGACUAUGAGGAUUUUCCCUACUUUCCGCCGUCUGCAAAGUUUGAUGCGUCAAAGCAUCAUAAUCCAGACAGACAGGGCCCCUCGAUUUACACAGAAUUUAUCGAGACAAUAUAG